ACCGAUAAACUGGAGUUUUCACUUGGUGAAAUAGAGAUUCUCACCAAACAACUAGAACGAGAAAAGCUUUCAUUUGGGGCUUCACAGAUGUCAAACAGACAGAAAGAUAUUGAAUCAAAAUGGACAGAAACAAAGACAAGGUGUAAAAAUCAAGAAGUCAACAUACAAGAUAAAGAUGAGAAAAUAAAAAGGUUACGAAAUCUGUUGAUGGAACAAAGUCAUAAAUACAAACAGAAAGUCGGGGAAAUUGAUGUUGAAAAACAACAAGAACAAUACAUAGCUCAAAUGAUGGAAGAAAAAACAAAUAAAAAACUGGGAACUUCACGGAAAAUUGGAUCGAAAAGAUGAUUUCAGAUUCUUCCAUUUUCCCCCAACCAAAUCAACCUCAAACUGUUAAAUAAGUUAGUUCACCAUUGCCUUUAUUAUUAUCCACGGUUCUAAUGGUCUAGGUAAAUUACACCCAUGUUCAGUGUCUACUUGGGGAAUACCAGCUCUAACAUUAGAAGAAAUGUCGCCAUACUAAACCUAACCCUUUUUAAAAGAAAUGCGACCAUGCUGGGAAAUCAGGUUUAAUGUCCUACUGGACCAAUAAUAGAGAUAGUCAUACUCAGUGCUCGCAGUGUGCUGUGAGGGACAUCUUGUUUUGACAGCAGUGUUCCACCUAUUUUCUUUGCAUUCAAACUGUUAAAGAUUCUUCAAUAUGUACGCUGAUGUGGUUUCCUGCCGAAUGAUAUGAUGCAUUUUCCUUGAUAGACUAAUCAUCCUGCACCAGGAUUGUUUUU